AGGCCGUCUCCAGCGUCUUGCACUACUCUACACCAGCACCUCCGCUGAUAUCAUCUCCUGAUAUCAUCUCCUCUCACGUCUCUCCACUCUUGACAUGGCGUUCAGAUCUCAGCGUGCCUCCGGCAGGUCUCUCUCUGUGUCCAGCAGCCGUUCGCUGGCUCCCGUCUGCUUCUCUGGCUUUGGGAGUCAGUCGGUGAUGGCUGGAGGUCUGCAGAGUGGCGCCGGCUUGGGCUUCGGAUCUGGAGCCGGUUUGGGCUUUGGCUCCGGUGCUGGAUUGGGGUUCGGAUCCGGAUUUGGGUCUGGUCACGGCAUGGGUGGAGGUUCUCUCUCGACUAGUUUGAGGACGGUUGGAGGCACUCUCUCAAGCGCUGCAGGUGGAGGCUCCUUCGGGGCGAGUUUCAGAGCGGGUGGAGGCUGUUUCGCAGAAGCCAUGUCCAACAUCAUCAACGAGAAACAGCAGAUGCAGGUUCUGAACGACCGUCUCGCAACCUACCUGGAGAAGGUGAAGCGCCUGGAGACCACGAACUACGAGCUCAACGAGAAGCUCCGCUCAUUCACCAUCAACAGAGUCCAUAGCAGCUUCAACCUGGAGCCCUACGAGAUCCAGAUAAAGCCACUGCGCGAGAAGGUGCCCACAUUCUCUGCAUGCGUUUCAGUUAUUACAGUAAUGUGUUACGCAUCUGACAUGAUCUGUCCUCUUUCUCUCCAGCUUCUUCUUCUCAUGCAGGACCACACACGCAUCACUUUAGCCGUAGACAACGCUAAACUGGCCGCUGAUGAUUUCAGAAUGAAGUUCGAGACGGAGCUGGCCAUGCGUCAGUCGGUGGAGAGCGACAUCGCUGGUCUGAAGACCCUGAAGAAGGAGUACAACUCCACCAACGCCAUCCUUCUGCAGGAGGUCACGGGUCUGGAGAAGGAGUGCGCCGCUCUCAGAGACGCACACCAGCAGGACAUGACAGCCCUGCGCGGGGAGAUGAUGGGCACCGUGACGGUGGAUGUGAAGGAGAGCGAGAGCACGGAUCUGUCUCGAGUGCUGGCCGACAUCCGCUCCGAGUACGAGAUGGUCAUCGAGAAGAACCGCCGGCAGGCCGAGAGCUGGUACACCAAACAGGUGGAGAAGAAGCAGGCGGAGGUGGAGCUGUUCACUGAGACCACCGUCAGCGGCGGCUCUGAAAUCACUGAGAGCCACAAACAGAGCAUGACCCUGCAGACCCAGCUGGACGCCGCACUGACGGAGAAGGCGAAUCUGGAGCAGCGUCUGGUGGCGGUCCAGGCUCAGUAUCAGUCUCAGUUCUUCUCUCUGGCUCAGCUGGCCGGCAGUCUGGAGGGAGAGCUGACCUCUGUGCGUGAGAGCACUCUACAGCAGAGCCGAGAUUACCAGCUGCUGCUCAGCACCAAGGUCCAGCUGGAGCGAGAGAUCAGCACAUAUAAAGCUCUGCUGGAGGGAGCUGGAGAGUUCAGCAACCUCAGCGCGCUCAAGACACCGGCCAAGAAGCUGGAGACAGAGAAGCUGGAGACCAAGAAGCUGGAGACAGAGAAGCUGGAGACCAAGAAGCUGGAGACAGAGAAGCUGGAGACCAAGAAGCUGGAGACAGAGAAGCUGGAGACCAUGAAGCUGGAGACCAUGAAGCUGAAGACCGAGAAGAUCGCUUUGACUUCAUCUGAUGAUCGUGGUGCAGGAGGCGGAGCCGAAGUUCCCGCCCCCUCUGAAGCACGUGGUGGUUCUGGUGUGAGCGAGGCGCCAGUGGGCGAAGCUACAGCGUAUGCUCUGAUGUCAUUGGAGGGAGUCUCAGCGGAUCCAGUGAUGCCAUCAAGCACUCUGCCAGCUGAGGUAUGAAGUCCACUGGAGGGAUGAGCGGGUCUUCAUGAUGGUGCUGAUGUCAUCAAAGCUCAACCAAUCAAACGCUGAUGUCUCUUUACAGUGUCAUGUGACCAGCAUCAAUAAACUCAAACCUUGAA